AUGUCGAGUGGCAGAACGUCUGCUACAGACGGUGGUGAAGAUUCGCCUCAGCAUUAUUCGACUGUCACAAAAGCAAUUCAUUUCACCACAAAAUUAACAUUGAACAAUGACGGAAAAAACUCACCUUCACAACAAUAUCUGCAACAUGAAAAGCAUGCACUACAUGACGGACAAUAUUCCACUACAGAUAUUCACGACAGGUAUGUUUCAGCUUUUCUUUCUUGGAUUAAUCAAAAAUAA